GUAACCACAUCCCAUACGCAUGCGGCCAUAUGGAGGAGCACCCAUCGCUCACUCACUCGCCAUGUGCAUCCUCCAUGUCCAUCCACUCUAUAUAAGCCCGCACUAUUCCGUCUACCUACCUAGCCCGCGGCCAGCCAGCUAGUCGUGUCAGCAUCCGCGCAAGUCCUACCUAGCCGCAAGAUCCAGCCACCCGCCGUCCGUCCGUCGGGGGAUGGCCGGCGCCGGCGAGGAGUUCAUGGCGGGGGUGUGGGCGGAGGUGCCGGUGCGGGUGGACUGGGCGGCCGUGGCGGCGCAAUGCGCGUGGGCCGGCGCGCAGGCGCGGGCGUUCCUGGUGGUGCCGGCCAUCCGGCUGCUGGUGGUCCUGUCGCUGGCCAUGACGGUCAUGAUCCUGCUCGAGAAGAUAUUCGUGGCCGCCGUGUGCUUCGCGGCCAAGGCCUUCGGGCACCGGCCCGAGCGCCGGUACCAGUGGCGGCCGAUCGCGGCAGGCGCUGCUGCCGCGGCCAGGGGGGACGAGGAGGCCGGCCUCGUCGUCGGCGGCGGCGGCAGCGCGGCGUUCCCCGUGGUGCUGGUGCAGAUCCCCAUGUACAACGAGCGGGAGGUGUACAAGCUGUCGAUCGGGGCGGCAUGUGCGCUGGAGUGGCCGUCGGACCGCGUGGUGAUCCAGGUGCUGGACGACUCCACCGACCCCGCUGUAAAGGAUUUGGUGGAGAUCGAGUGCCAGAGGUGGAAGGGCAAGGGCGUGAACAUCAAGUACGAGGUGAGGGGGAACCGCAAGGGGUACAAGGCCGGCGCGCUCAAGGAGGGGCUCAAGCACGACUACGUGCAGGAGUGCGAGUUCAUCGCCAUGUUCGACGCCGACUUCCAGCCCGAGUCCGACUUCCUCCUGCGCACCGUCCCCUUCCUCGUGCACAACCCCGACAUCGCCCUCGUCCAGACCCGCUGGAAGUUCGUCAACUCGGAUGAGUGUUUGCUGACGAGGUUCCAGGAGAUGUCUCUGGACUACCAUUUCAAGUUCGAGCAGGAGGCCGGGUCCAUAGUCUACUCGUUUUUCGGCUUCAACGGGACCGCCGGUGUCUGGAGGAUAUCGGCGAUCGACGAUGCCGGGGGGUGGAAGGACCGGACGACGGUGGAGGACAUGGACCUGGCUGUUCGCACCGCGCUCAAGGGCUGGAAGUUCGUGUAUGUCGGCGCCGUGAAAGUCAGGAGUGAGCUGCCAAGCACAUUCAAGGCGUACCGGUUCCAGCAGCACAGGUGGUCAUGUGGACCAGCGAACCUGUUCAAGAAAAUGUUGGUAGAGAUUCUAGAGAGCAAGAAAGUGUCGUUUUGGAGCAAGCUUCACCUCUUGUACGAUUUCUUCUUUGUUGGGAAGAUUGCUGCUCAUACGGUGACGUUCAUCUACUACUGCUUCGCGAUCCCGCUGUCCGUUUUCUUCCCUGAGAUUCAGAUUCCUCUCUGGGGCGUGGUCUACGUUCCGACCGUUAUCACCCUCUGCAAGGCUCUCGGAUCACCAAGUUCAUUUCAUCUGGUGAUCCUCUGGGUCCUCUUUGAGAAUGUGAUGUCGUUGCACCGGAUAAGAGCCGCGAUAACUGGUCUUCUAGACGCUGGACGAGUCAAUGAGUGGGUUGUCACCGAGAAAUUGGGAGAUGCCAACAAGACGAAGCCAGCCACGGAAGUAUUAGAUGCUGUGAAGGUGAUAGAUGUCGAGCUAACGACGCCCCUAGUGCCGAAGCUCAAGAAGAGAAGAAUAAGAUUAUGGGACAAGUACAACUGCUCAGAGAUUUUUGUUGGAACCUGCAUAGUUAUAUGUGGUUUCUACGAUUUGUUUUACGCAAACAAAGGGUACUACAUCUACCUCUUCAUUCAAGGCCUAGCAUUCCUCGUCGUCGGUUUUGAGUAUAUCGGCAUACGCCCUCCCACUCCCAGCGCCUAAUAGGCUGCCAUGCCAUUCAUGGAGCUGAUACGCAUGGUUACGACAAACCUCGUGGAAGUAAAGCCCCUGUCAUGCACAUAUCGACAUCAGAACAUAGCGAUAUACAGAGAAUUUUGCCUUGGCCACGGUCAGAUUUGAUCCAACCAUUAAUUCUUUAUUACUGCCGACAAGGCGAUCGAAAUAGCAUGGUAGUUCAUCAGUUAAUAACAUGCAGUAUUUACUGAAGCAUCAUGACAGAAAGAUGCAUUCAACACCUGGAAGAAAUAACACAAGUUGUAAAUUAAAUAACAUGCUCUGCCUAUUACUUACUGUAGAUUCUCCAAAUUUUAUAUGCCAAUGUACUUACUGAUGUAGCUUGCUCAGAAUAGAGGAUGAUCAGCAGCAGUUUGUGCAGUUGUGUUGUGUAGUAUGACGAAACAUGUAAAUGUACAUUGUUGCUCAACGCCAUUUAAUUAUAACUCUGUCAAAUUCAGACAGGCCUUGGAAUGCA